AUGUCGGUGUCACCCGCGCGGGGCAUCCCCCGGCCUCCACCUCCACACCCACGGCCCCAAAGCUACAGGAGGAAGAAGGGGGGGACCCCCGGGCACCCCCCGCCCACGCCCCCGGCGGCCGCGGUGACACCCAGACGCCCCCGCCUCACCCGCCCCCGCCCGAGGGAGGCAAAGGGGGGAGAGCCGCAGGCGAGGAGGGGAGGGGGGCGAGAGCUGGGGGCGGUGGCUGUUACCUGCAAAGGCGGCGGCGGCGGCGGCCCCGCAGCUGCUCGGGCGAAAACACCGCUCGGGCGGGGGGCCCGGGCGAGCCGCGGGGCGGAGGCUCCGGGCCGGGCCGAGCGUGCGGAGCCCCGGAGCCCCGGACUGCGGCCUCGCCUCGUCGUGCCUCGCCUCCGGGACCCCGGCGAGCCGCCUCCCCGCCCCCUCCUCCCUCCCUCCGGGGGCCGCCGAAGCUUCUGGCCGCCGCCGCGGGGCUUGUUGUUGACUUUGAGGAAAACUCCUGACGUCAGGGGCUGGCUCUCUGCGACUGGCGGGAGCGGCUACCCCGCGCCCCGGGUCCGGCUCGCCGCCUCAGCUCCGCGCCCCGGCCGGGCGCUCGCCACCACCACCCCCCUCACACGCCCCUCCGGCGACCCGCGCCCCUCGGCUUCCUCUCGCGAGAACACCUUCCCCCGGCAGGCAGCCCGCGCCGCGGGGCCCACGUUCCCGCGGGCCCGGGGAGGACCGGGCUUCCCCGGGCCGCGUGGCCGUCGACCACGCACCCGAGGCGGGGCGCGGCUUUCCCCCUUCCCCCUCCCCGCCUCCCCGCCCGCCCCGCACUGCCACCGCACCCGGACGCCGCUGGGCCUGGGACCCCAGGCCGUCCCAGGAGAUGUCGCCGUCCAGUCCCGAGAGCCAGUCACCACCUGUGGGCUUGAGGUUGAAGUGGCAUCCAGAGAGAAUCCCUCGGCAUCACCUUGGGAGGGGUGUCAGUUUCAUGGACCGUUGAAGCCCAUGGCACAGGGAAGACACCUGGCGAACCGAUAUUAAUCCUAGCCUUUGGGAAGAGCCCGUUAUUUUCUCCCACUGCAAGAACCUGCCUGGUGCCUUGGGCUUCUUCUUCCUGUAGCAUGUCUUGUGUCGUGUGCCUCUUCUCCCGCUCUAGUGUUUUACACUACAUAGUGUAUCUUGUCUGUGUGUGCUGCACAGUUACCAGUGAGCUGGCUGGGUCUCCAUCGAGAUGGAGAUCACUGGUUAAUGAUGGAGUUGCUAAGGCUGAGCUGACAGACUUCAGAGGUCUACAUCACUCUCGCCAGAGAACUAGAGUUAACGUUACCAAAUCUUAAAAACCAGAAUCAAACAGUUCUAAGAACUUGGGUUAACUACUCUGGCUUUGGUUGCCAGUGGCCUAGAAGUCUUGAAGUGCAACAGUUGGAUCUCUGAAUAAUUGGCAGCAAUGACCACCAGCUGUGAUUAUAGCCCUUAGGCGGUUGGUGUCUGUGCCCUUGGACAGGCCUGCAGUCUGUAUGGUGCCCUUCGACAGGCCUGCAGUCUGUAUGGUCUAACUGCCACGUCCAUCCUCCUCCUUGUCCCCUCUACUUAGCUGCUGCUACCACUUGCCAUGGCUUCUCACGGCUGGAGCUGCCUUUCCCUCUUCCUGUUACCACUUCUGCCCACUGCACCCACGGUAGACAUCCCAGCGAAUCCUGGAAAGACCACUUGAGAAAUCCUUCAUUGGGCCUAAUGACUCCCGAGCACCCUGAUUACACCAGGAGGGGAGGAAAUGAUUGUGUUUGUAGUAAUCACAACACAGCAUCCAGUCCCACCAUUCAUAAGCCCAAGGAACCAAUCCCAAGCUGGCCAGUGUGGGCUGCCUAGAGGAAUCCCAUCUUGACAAAUUCUCUAUCAUUCUCAGACUUAUCCAUUGAUUUAUUCUUUCAUUAAUUCAGUCCUUAUUCCAUGCUACUUUGUACCAAGUCUUUCUUUUUAAGACGGAGAUGCAGACCAUUUGCCUGAGGACGCCCCUUAAGAAAUGAUGUAGCUCACUGAUAAAUACUUGCCUAGAGUGCACCAAGGUUUGUCUUGCCUGGAGUACUGCUUUCCAAGGCUGGUACAGGUUAUCUCUGAAAGAACUGUGGUGAGUGGGGAAAACCUGUAAAGCAGGGAUCAUGGGCUUCAGUUUCAGUUUCUCUGCAACCAGGUGUAGUCUCCUCAAGAUGUCCUUGGAGUGAUCAAAGCAGGCAGGCUCUUAUAAUGAGUCAGUCUGACUAGUGGCCAAAAGGACUACUGCAUUGACAGCUCAGUGGCCCACCUACCUCCUCUCUCCCAGGCACAGGAAAAGUUUGACAGCUGUCAAUCAAAGGAUUGAUUGUCAAUCAAAUCAGCCUGGUUUCUACUAGUAUAUCCAUUCAAUAGAAAAGUAAAUAUUAAAGGUUUCUUACAGUAGAGACCUAUCACUAACAUUAUUUAAUAUUGUCUAUCUAUUGAAAAAAACAAAUGACCUGAAGAAGGACUGAGUCCCUCUAACCCAUCUGAAGACUACAUUUUUUUUUCUUAUGAAAUGCUUGCCUGAUGUGUAGUCAGGAAUUGGGAGUCCAAUAAGAGAGAAAAAGGGAUUAGUGGAGGUGUUUCAUUUUAUGUUCCACAUCUGUAAGUGAAAUGUGGUUUUUGUGGCCAUGUCUAAAACAAAACUUUCUCAGUGGCAAGGCACUUGGCAAGCUAUAUGUGAAGCCAGACCCCCAGCUAAAACAGAACAGGAAACAAAGAAAGCCUACGUCCUCUUUCACUGCCUUUUUCCUUCCCCCAUGGUUCCUAAAAGGUCUGAGUUAGCUCGAGUAGGUCCUAAUUCUGUUCAGUUUGUCCAAAAAGGACACAUUCCCACAAUUAUCAGACCUCUAACAUUGACUGUUGGCAGAAUGAUGAGGUUUCAGGUUUCAUGCUAUAUAAAACACAAAAAAAAAAAUGGGUCAGAUUUUUAUUUUCUACUAUCCCAAGACAUGUAAUUGGGAUUGUUUGGUUCUGUUUGUUUUAAGAAAAUAGUACUGGAGAGUUGGCUUGGUGAUUAAGAGCACUUCCCUACUAUUCCAGGAGACCUCAGAGUAGUUUCCCACACCCAUGACAGGCAGCUCGUAAUGGCUGUAACUCUAGCUCCACGUGACACACAGACACAAGUAAAAUAGUCCUUAUGAUUAGCAGAGCUACAAAUAAUGUCAAGCUCCUACUCCACAGUACUACCUCCAGAACUGGGGUAGGGAGGGUGAGCCUGAGCCUUGUACAGGGUAGAUAGGCACUCUACCACUGAACUGUAUCCUUGAGCUUGCUCGUGCUUGCUCGUGCUUGCUCAUGCGUAUCAUAUAUUCUUACACACACACACACACACACACACACACACACACACACACCUUUUCCCCCUCCCUAACAUGAGUUUGGGGUUAGAGAGGAGAGGAAUUCCAUAAAACGCCCAGGCUGGCUUUAAAUUGCUCUGUGGUUCAGUUAUGUCAUGAACUUCCAUCAUCCUGACUCCGCCAACCCCAUAGCUGGAAUUGCAGGCCAGCACCACCAUGCCCAGCCCCCAGCUCUUAAAUGUUUGACAUUGUGGUACUCUGAAUUGCUGAAUUUAAUCAGUGAGAUUUUCAUUUGCUUGUAAUUCUAGCAUCAACCAAUGGAUAAGAACUAAACGUACAGGCCAAGCUGUCUCAAAAUACUACUAGUCUCCUUGAAUUAUAUCAAAUCUCAGAUAAAUUAAAAUUUAAAGUAUUACAUAAACAAGGUCAUACACUGUAGACCAUAAUUGUAAAAAAAAUUGCACACUUUUAUUUCUGCCUCUGUUUUUGCUUUUGAGCUUUGUAGUUUCACAAAUUCCUAUAAUAAAGCCUUUUAUUACCAAAUUAUUAACCAGAA